UCCGGGUUUUGGGGGGUUCGGGUUCGGCUGUUUCUAUCCACAGGUUUAAAGCUCUUUGAACUAACCACAUGAUCCACGAACGGACCGGGGACACCCGGACCCGGACCUGGACCUGGAGCCGCGGACCCGAACCGAACCGCAACCAGAACCCGAGCAGCGGCUUACUGUCCCAGAUCCAGACCCGCAUCCGGACCGAGCCUUUCACCGAACAUUCCAGCAUCAGCCCCGGGACAGAGCUGGGCAGGUGGGCCGGAGAGUUCCAGAGGAGAGUAUCCGAGUAUUUAGACUCUCCUGAGAUCCUGAACUAUGAACUCAUCAGCACAGCCACAGACGUGGAGUGUGGGGGUUCUAACCUAUGUUCUGCUCACUGGGUUCUCUCCGUUCUUGGGUGAAGACAAACAGCAGACGUUCCUGAACAUUUCCAAACUCAACGUCAGCUUCGUGGAGGCGGAGCUUCAGCCUUCGGACGCUGUGGCCUUCAUCCAGAUGCUGCUGCUGCCAUGGCAACGGAAGAACGGCCCUGGGGAGCCCACCUGCCCUGGGAGUCCACCUGCCCUGGGGAGUCCACCUGCCCUGGGAGCCCACCUGCCCUGGGAGUCCACCUGCCCUGGGGAGCCCACCUGCCCUGGGAGUCCACCUGCCCUGGGGAGUCCACCUGCCCCGGGGAGCCCACCUGCCCCGGGGAGUCCACCUGCCCUGGGAGUCCACCUGCCCUGGGAGUCCACCUGCCCUGGGGAGCCCACCUGCCCUGGGGAGCCCACCUGCCCUGGGAGCCCACCUGCCCUGGGAGUCCACCUGCCCUGGGAGUCCACCUGCCCUGGGGAGCCCACCUGCCCUGGGAGUCCACCUGCCCUGGGGAGUCCACCUGCCCCGGGGAGCCCACCUGCCCCGGGGAGUCCACCUGCCCUGGGGAGCCCACCUGCCCCGGGGAGUCCACCUGCCCUGGGGAGCCCACCUGCCCUGGGAGUCCACCUGCCCUGGGAGUCCACCUGCCCUGGGGAGCCCACCUGCCCUGGGGAGCCCACCUGCCCUGGGAGCCCACCUGCCCUGGGAGUCCACCUGCCCUGGGAGUCCACCUGCCCUGGGGAGCCCACCUGCCCUGGGAGUCCACCUGCCCUCGGGAGUCCACCUGCCCCGGGGAGCCCACCUGCCCCGGGGAGUCCACCUGCCCCGGGGAGCCCACCUGCCCCGGGGAGUCCACCUGCCCUGGGGAGUCCACCUGCCCUGGGAGUCCACCUGCCCCGGGGAGUCCACCUGCCCCGGGGAGCCCACCUGCCCUGGGAGUCCACCUGCCCUGGGGAGCCCACCUGCCCUGGGAGUCCACCUGCCCUGGGAGUCCACCUGCCCUGGGGAGCCCACCUGCCCCGGGGAGUCCACCUGCCCCGGGGAGCCCACCUGCCCUGGGGAGCCCACCUGCCCUGGGAGUCCACCUGCCCUGGGGAGUCCACCUGCCCCGGGGAGCCCACCUGCCCCGGGGAGUCCACCUGCCCUGGGAGUCCACCUGCCCUGGGAGUCCACCUGCCCUGACAGAACUUCAGCUGGAUCCACCUGGGACGCUUGGGACAAGUGGAGGGUGGUGUGUCUGUGUGCUCUGUCGGUGGAGGACACCGAAGACAUCUACCUAUUUGGAUUUAUGACAGAGGGACACCUUC